AUCCUCCAAUCAGUCUGUCUAAAUCCAGGAAGUGUUGUAAAGGGUGCUAAAAAACUCCGCAGAUAGUGGGCAAAUAUGCCUGACCAGAACAGCUGUCAUAAAGAUUUUUAACCAUAUUCACUGUCGUCAUUACACAAGUUACAUCCAAUUGCGUAUCCAUCAGCACUUCAUUUGUCGGCGGGUUUGAUCCUUUGACUGGACAGGAUCAUCUGAAGAGGGGUCGUCCUGGGCGUGUUUGCUGUAAGGUUAUGCGUGGACAACAGUGCCACAACACACACAAGCUAAGAUCUGUGUAUUUUAUGUGCAUGGCCCUUGGUGUGGGAGCACCAUGAGUGGGGAGCCUGAUGCCUUGGCUGUGGUGAAUCAGCUGAGGGACUUAGCUGCUGACCCCCUCAACAGACGAGCUAUUGUCGAAGAUCAAGGCUGCUUGUCAGGCCUCAUUCUCUUCUUCGACCACCCCAAUCCACAAGUCGUCUACUCUGCGCUAUUGGCGGUGCGCUACCUGGCAGAAUGCCGUGCCAACAGGGAGAAGAUGAAGGACGAGCUGGGAAUGAUGCUGAGCCUGCAGAACGUCAUGCAGAAGGGCACGUCGCCAGGCGAGACCAAGCUACUAGCUUCUGAGAUCUACGAGAUCCUGCAGAACUCCAGCAGCGCAGAAGGCGAACAGGCAGAAGCAGCCGCCUCUUGCAGAAAAAAAGCCCAAUUUUUCCUGGGCUCAACGAACAAACGGGCCAAAACGGUGGUGCUUCAGAUCGACGGGCUUGAUGAUUCGGCUCGGAGGAGUCUUUGUGAAGAAGCCCUGCUAAAGAUCAAAGGUGUCAUCAGCUUUACCUUCCAGAUGGCUGUGAAGAGAUGUGUGGUGAGGAUCCGUUCAGACUUGAAGGCCGAGGCGUUGGGAACUGCUAUAGCUUCAACCAAAGUCAUGAAGGCACAGCAUGUAGUGAAGGGGGAAGAUGGAUCGGAUAUUGUAAUCCCAUUCCAAGGGGACUCGGAUGUGGUGGUCGAGCAGAACAUAAAUUUGCCGGAUUAUCUGCCUGAGGACGAGAGCCCGUCUCAGGAGCAGCACAAGGCUGUGACACGACUGGGCUCCGUGCAGGAUGGCGUGAGCUGGCUGAGCACGGCCGCCAACUUCCUGUCCCGCUCAUUUUACUGGUGACCCCACGACUCCCCGCAUGCCCCGCCCCUUUACAACCCGCCCUCGACGUGCCAGACUGCCGAGCGCAUCCGCAAUAAACGUAUAACCUUGUUCCAACUAUAAAAAAGGCUACAACAGGCGGCUGUAAAGGGUACGCGAUCCAACCUGCUCCUGAAACUCACGUUAGCGCUGCAUAUGCACCUCACGAGACACUAAAACCUGAGAGCAACAGGGAGAAGUUCACAGAAAGCAUUUCAUGUGUAUCUGCUCUCUCUUAUUCACCUUUUAUGUUUGGUCAUAGGAAGGUUUUCAAACGAUACGCCCCAGAUUCUCCUUGCAGGUUUGUUUCUGUUGAGACUAAAUAAUGCCUUGGGGGUUUCGCCAGGCGGGUCGUACCUUGAGGUUUUCUAAAUUUCUACAAAUUUAGGUGCUUUCUGAUGUGUUCUAAUCCUUCAUCUCAGCUUUCUUGUACAUUUAAAAAAAAAAAUUUGUUUGUUUUUCAAUUAUUUGAUAAUCCUAAUAUUACUUUAUUCAUCAGCACUUUUCAAAGCAUGCAUAUUUUUUUGAACUGUGUGUGUCUUUGCUAUGUAGCUUGUUGAUUCAUUUUCUCCAUUUUAAAUCCUCUUUAUUUGCUUCGUCUGAACUUCUAAAGCCUUCUGAAGAUGUGAUUUUUAGGUUUGAAAUAUGUAGUGAUGGUUCACUCUUCCUCACAGAGCUCAUUUCACAUAAAACAUAAUUAAAACACCUGCACUGGUUGGUGUGCAUUAAUAAUAAUUAACGGUUUAACGCCUCCAGUAAAGGGAAGCCACCAGGAAAUAGCUGUUACUAUGUGUG